GUGGACCAGACAGCAGGGUGGAGAGAGAGGGUGAGUGUAUGUGUUGCCAGAGAGAGAGAGAGGAUAGCAAGGCAGCUAGAGAGCUCGAGGGAGCAGUAGAGUGGGAGUGAUAGCGAGAGCUAGAUAAUGGAGGUGCAGUCUGAGUGCGUAGAGCCUCCUGUGGCCCCUCAGUGUGACCCCCAGCCCACAGGGAAGAUCAACAAAGCUGCCUUCAAACUCUUCGGAAAGCGACGCACCGGCUCCGGAAUGGCCAGCUUCUUCUCCUUCAGGAACAAAGGGGCCACAAACAGCGGGAGCAAUGGGAAUUCUGACAAUGGGAAUUCUUUGAAUGGGAAUGGCUCGGCGGCGGAGCUUGUUAGGAGCAAAACCCACGAUGGACUAAUAGGCUCAAACAACGACACUGAUGGACAGAGAGGGGAUGGGCUCGCCAGCCUGGAGGCAGGACCGGUGAGGUCUCUCAGCAAAUCGCUGAGUUUCUUCUCUCUACUCCGACGUGGGAGUUUUAGGUCGAGUGAAAAUGGGGGGUCGGGACUUGUUAGAAGAGGGAGGGGCCUAAAGGGCUUCUUUAGCAGCAUGCGAUGGAGACGAAAGGAAAAAACUAACGAGGGAGAUGGGGUAGAGGUGGAAGGUCCCAAGGAGAAGGAUGGGGAUAGUACCGACUCUGAGAAGGUAAAGGAUAUUACUCUCACCCUUGAACCACCUCCGCAUCAUCACCAAGAGGAUUGUGUCAAUGCAGAGGCAGAACCCAACAUCCAAGCAACAGAGACUCCCAUUACUACUGUUACCAUGACACCACAACACUGUGUUGCCAUGACAGGGCCAUCUGUUGAACCAGACUCCCCCUUUCCUUACACACCGACUGACUCGCCACUUCGCCCGACCAUACAAAAAGCCAAAGCCUCAAUUUCCAGCCUCAGCCCCUCCCUCGCUUCACCCCCCUUGGACCGCUGCAGCACGGGUGACCCGCCCUCAGAACCUUCGGUGGACAGACUAUGCUCUCUCCUCUUCACUGACGUCACAUCCCUUAAAAGCUUUGAUUCACUGACAGGCUGUGGGGACAUUACUGCCGAUGCAGAUGACGAGGGUCCGGCGGGUAAUGGUGGUAGUGGCACAAGCAGCAGCAGUAGUGGCGGAGGAGGGGGGCCCGUGGGAGCAGGUGUUGGUAGAGCAGUUGGUAUCGCUAGUGCCACAUCCCGUGGAUCCCCAUCCAAACCGCCUCUACCUUCCCAGCUGACCCAGCCAAUCUUCUCUGUUUCCUUAAGCUCAGUUCCUGCCUCCCUCCCAGCCCGUGCUCGGGCGCCACCUCCACCAAAGCAGCACCCAGCUGGUAGUGGCGUGGUGGCUUACAUGGGUGGAGGGGAAGAAAUGGCAAGUCCAGAAGGAGUGGACGAUGCAGACAUGCAAGGGCUCUGGCACAUGCUGCCCUCCACGGGGGACAACUCUCCAGCUUUGCCCCGAUUGCACCAACCUCCCUCAACCACCCCUACUUCCACGUAUCCCCCUCGCUCCAACCCCUCAAGCAGCCACCUUCCUCUAGCCUCCAGAAUUUCAGAAAGGAAGGUACCCCAGGUGAAGGCAUUGGGGCUCAGCAAAAUUCCAGUAGUCGGUGGAGCUGCAGUUCGGGCAGCUAAAAGCUCCCUCCCUCACACACAUGGCCGCCAUCCAACAUCACCUGGUGAGAAAGAGCCACUCAGUGAUGAGGGCUACUGGGACACACCCUCAGCAACACCCACAGCGACGCCUGAUGAGAGCAGGCUGCAGCGUAAUCAGAGGAUGGCCCUAUCUCGCGACAGCUGCUCUGGAGACCAACUGUAUGACCUUUACAAUGACCCUGAAGAGCAUGAAGAUGAUGACGAACAGGAAGGAGAUGAUGAUCUAAACAGUACCCCUUCUCCAUCUACUGAGUACAAACUGAGCCCCACAUCCCAGACAACUCCUCCUUCCUCCUCCUCCUCUUCUUCAUUUCGAUCAAUGAAAGGCAGCGCCAGCCUUCCACGGGACUCCAAAAUCCCAGUAAGCAACAAACAGUCAUCACCUCCCCACUCUGUGAGCCAGUCAGCCCUGUCGUCCGUCCUGGAGGCUGAAUCCCAACCACCAAAGACCGAAGCGCCUCCCCCAGUUCGCACCAGAAUCCCUGUAUCCAAGGUGCCUGUCCGUCGAUCUGGAAACAAACCUGGCAGCAGAGGAACUGCCCACAAGAAGUAGUUUCUGUCAAACUGCUAGUUCUCCCCCAUUAAUGUCUGGACUUGAGUUUGUAUCUUUCUACAGUGCUGUUCAUGCAAAGCCAAACGUUUUCCCAGGCAGAAAAAUGUUGAGCUGUGGAGUUAACAGCCUAUAAAUUCCUCUGAAAUCUUAAAAGCACUCACUCCUCAAGUGUUUUGGCUUACAACAACUAGAAUGAGUGGGUUUGUUCACUUGAGAAAGUCACGAGGAGACUCCAAAAAGCUGGGUUAACACUUCAUGGCCCCUCGCAGGAACAUUGGAGGUUGACUCUUGGUUGACCAUGGACUUGCAAUAGAUACAUUUGCCUUGUAACUUCCUGGAAAAACUCCCGAUGUACUGAAACUUUAAUUCAGCUCAAGACUGCACACUGCGAUAAAGAUGGAAAAAAACAGCAGAGCACCUUUUUUAUAUCUCAUGUUUUUCUUAUGGAGUUCCACAUUGCAUAACUCAAUUUGCUCAGAAGGACCUAAUCUAAUCAGAGUUUUUCUUUUUGUUUUGAGCUUGUCAUCUUGUCUAAUCAGUAACAAAGUACCUCCUAAUCCUCUGAUUUUAGAGCCAAAGUUUGAAAAAACAGUCUUCAUUUUACGUCCUCUAAUAGACAUAAACAACAUCCACAGCCUUGGAUGAUCCACUUUUUUUUUGUUUUCACUGUUGUAUGUGUAUUUUACAUUUUCAAAGAUGCUCUUCAUGUGACUGCACAGUUUAUUCAAACUAAAUGUGCAUAUUUCAAAAUGAAUUCUGAGAUCUGAACUGGUUAUACAACUUAUACAGGAAAGCUUCUCUGCAGAAUUCUCCACUUUGUUGACCGGUAAAUUAUUUUAUUUUGGAAGUUUUGAUUCAGCCUGUGACCUAUGGAUCUGCAUCACUGCAUCACUGGGAGUACAUCCAUCCAUCUCUGGGAUUUACAAGUUUUAAGCUACAGACUGAAACUUGGAAAACUAUCGCAAUAUUCUACCUGGAGGGAUCCCUUGCACUGAUGUGUCAUAACACACGGACACACACACAGGAAAUUGUUCAUGUACACAAACAUUUUUUUCUCCAUCUCUGCAUGCAGUGCCACACACACACACCCGGCACAAAGGUCAGGAACAUCAUCUUACACUGAGGGAUCUUAGACAUACACUGUUCAGCCUUUGACAUGGUCCUUGUAGCUACACUGGAUGACUUUCUUCUCUAAAGACACAAGCGACUAUUUUUUUCUAGUUAGCACUUUGUCCUUCACUGGAUAUCAUACUGUUUUGUAAGCCCUGUUUUCCUGAGUCACAUUGCACAGAUCUCAAACUGUGAUUGCACCAGCUUCUUGGACUGAUGCUAACUCAGAGUAGAGUCCUUCACCCCCAUUUCCUGGCUUUUGUACUUGUUGUACAACCUCAUUCUAGGAACCACCGUUAGCUGCGUGUGAAUCUGAAUGUAGCUUGACAUCUUUGUAGGUCAUUGGUCAGCAUAUAUUUUCCCCUGUGUUGGUCUGUUAUCCUCUUUGUCCCUCUAUUUGUGGGGGCAAGACAAAUGAGCGGAAUCUACUAUUUUCUAAGCCCCCAAGUGUUUUGAGAAACGGAGACACACUACUGCACAGUGUGUGCACUUGUAUUAAGAAUGAGUAGUGUGUGUUGAAGUCCUAAAGGGCCUUUGUCAGUGACUCAGUGAGGCAAGUUACUGGGGGCAGAGUGUUCUCCACCCUUCAGACGAAAGAGAGAGGUUUUCGUUGGAAAAGGCAAGUUUUCUCUAAUCUGAGCCACAAUGAGUUCCAAUGACAUUUGAGGGUUGUUCUAGUUCAUGAUAGCUUUCCAUCUGGUUUGGGAACAGAAGAUUGAUCCACAAGGUUGCUCCAGGUUCAGGUAUCUUUUCAGCCUCCUGAUGGUGUAGCAUAAAGCAGGCUCUGGAGUAACCUGAUCCCAGGUCUGCUGUGCAAGUAUUUCUCACCCGGGGGAAAGGGCAGAGUAAAGGUCAUUUGGAGAUCCGAGGAUGAUCAUGUCCAUUUAUGUCUUUUUAAAAUUACAAUAGCACGCAAUCAAUCAAUCAUUCAUCCUUCCUCUGAGCUGAGGAAUGGAUUGAAAGAAAUCAGGUGGAAAAAUUGAUGGAGUAAUAUAUAAGGUGGGAAACAAUAUAAACCAUCAUGCCUGGUAAGAAAUAAGGUUUUCUUCAAACGACAGUUGUGAUAUUGAUGAAAACAGUUGGCUGAGUGGUACAAAAAUAUAAUAAAAAACAAUUAUGACUCUGUGAAUAGGGAAAUUACACCUUUACCGAUCAAAUUGUUAAACUAAACAGGAAUAUAUCAUUUCGCUUUAUAUAUCUGGUUAAUUAAUUUGUUGAGCUGCUGCACAGGGAUGGCAUCAAACAUGGAGGCCAGAAUACUGCCAUGUGGCUCAGCUCCCUCUGUUUUUGUUUUCCUUCUCUCCUUCCUCUCCUACAAACUGAUCACUGCAUUGAAAACAUAGUUUUGUUUUGAUUUGUAUUUAUAUUCAACCAUCUGUUCACAGUGUGAAGUCCUUUCACUUUUCUUAUUUAAUUAAUAAAACUGUGUUUGC